AUGCACGCACGCGACUGGUUUUUAGUCUUCCUUUCGAUCUUCGUUCCCCCAAUUGCCGUGGGGCUCAAAAGAGGGUUUUUCACCAAGGAUACGCUGCUCAACCUGCUGCUGUUCCUGCUGGGAUACUUGCCCGGUUUGAUCCACGCGCUGUACGUGAUUAGCAAGCACCCCUACCCUAGCGUUGGAGGGUCUUUGACUCAACCAAAUGACGGCUACGGCUCGCUGAACUAG